CAUCACAAAUCAAGUAUGAAACAAGAUCUCGUCCUUUAUUAAAAUUUGAAUUUUUUUAGUGGGUGGGGGAAAAUCCAGUGAAAGGGGUUGGUGGGAGGUGAAAUGAAAAUAAACCAGUGAGAGAGUGAGAGAGGCUGGUGGGAGGUGAAGCGAAAAAAAACCCAGACGAAAUAGAUGGUGCUGGGAUAGGAGGCGAAAAAACAAAGAUGAAACUAAACCGUGGAGAGGAAGUUUUCAAAUCGCCCUUUAGAAGUAGAUAUCUGGUUUUUAAUGGGAGGGAAAAAGAUCAAGUGAAUGAGGUUGGUGGGACGCGAGGAGAAAAUAAACCAGUCAAAGAGAACCGUGAAAGGUGAGGCAAAAAAUACCAAGAUGAAAGAGAGAAUGGUAGCAAGUGAGACUGAAAGGUGAAAUGAAAUUAAACCAUGGAGAAAGCUAUCAAAUCCGAAAUCCGAGUAGAGAUCUUGUGGGAUCCGCGACCAAGGUCCUAAAUUUAUACCACCAACCAACCCAGUUGAUCAAUUAUGCACAUAUAUAUACCACUUGCAUUCUGACUUCCUCGUCCUCCUUAAUUACCAUGGCCUGCACCAAGCAUCUUCUGAUCUCUGUCGCGCCUCUCUGAGCACGUCGGUCAGCUUCAGUUCCCUCCUCGCGCAAAUCAUGGCGUCGGUGAGAUCAUGCGUGUCUGUCAAGCCGGCCGCUGGCCCGGCCAGGAACAGAUCCGCCAGGGUCGGGGUAGCCGACAAUGCUGCUUCUUCUUCUGCUUCAUCUUGGAACAAACCUUGGAGCCGACAAUGCUGCAGAUAUCGGCUGCUGCUGCUUCUUCUGCUUCAUCUUCUUCGGGCUCGGCCGCAGAUGGCUACGGCAGAGGUGUCGGCUAUGCCGUCAGUAGCAGCGGCAGGGUCAAUGGCGUUGCUGGUAUGGUUGGAGAUGCCGGGAGGGCGAGGAGAAGGGUCGGGCGGGAGGUGUUAGCCACGUGCAACGCCAUGGAGGGGGUCCGCCAUGGCGCGGUAGCCGUCGUCGUGCCCAGCGUGUCGGGGCUGCCCGAGCGGGCCAAGGUGGUGGUGCUCAUGGCAGCCGUCAUGCUGCUCUGCAACGCUAGCCGGGUCGUCAUGUCGGUCGCCGUCGUGCCGCUCGCCGCGCAGCACGGCUGGUCCAGCUCCUUCGUUGGCAUAGUCCAGUCAUCAUAUCUAUGGGGCUAUGUUUUAUCAUCCAUGGUUGGAGGAGCUUUGGCGGACAGAUACGGAGGGAAGAAGGUGAUGGCGGGUGCUGCUGCACUCUGGUCCUUGGCCACUUUCCUCACUCCAUGGGCUGCCUCUCAAUCCGCCAUUACGUUGCUUGCUAUACGUGUGCUCUUUGGCCUUGCACAAGGUGUCGCAUUUCCGACAAUGAGCACUCUCUUACCAAAGUGGUUCCCAACACAUGAACGUGCCACUGCUGUCGGCCUUUCCAUGGGAGGAUUCCAUCUUGGGAAUGUCGUAAGCUUCCUAGCAACACCGAUCAUCAUGUCACAUAUAGGCCUCGCCGGAACAUUUGCCUUCUUCGCAUCACUUGGUUACUUGUGGAUCUCUGUAUGGCUGUUGAAUGUAGAAAGUGACCCUAUCGACAGCCGCACUAUAAGAAAAUCUGAGCUGCAACUUAUUCUAGCUGGACGAAGUAAAUCAAAAGUCAAAGGCAGCAAAUCACCAUCCUUAAGACAAGUGUUCUCAAAGAUGGAAAUGUGGGCCAUCAUUAUAGCUAAUGUUAUAAAUAAGUGGGGCUAUUUUGUCCUACUAUCAUGGAUGCCGGUGUACUUCAAAAUGGUAUAUAAUGUGAAUUUGAAACAAGCUGCAUGGUUUAGCGCCAUACCUUGGGGCGUCAUGGCUCUAUCAGGAUAUGUUGCAGGAGCUUCUGCAGAUUUCAUGAUCAAAACCGGCUUAUCUAUUGGGCGAGUCCGGAAAAUUAUGCAGUCAAUCGAUUUUAUUGGGCCAGGUGUGUCAUUGCUAUGUUUAAGAUUUGCCCAAACACCAUCCGUUGCGGCAGUUAUCAUGACGGCCGCCUUGGGUAUGAAUUCCUGCAGUCAAGCUGGGGACUUCUGUAAUAUCCAGGACAUUGCCCCUAAAUACGCUGGAUCCCUACAUGGACUGACGAACGGCAUUGGGACGGUGGCUGCCAUAGUUAGCACGGUAGGAGCAGGAUACUUCAUCCAGUGGCUGGGAUCCUUCCAGGCCUUCCUCACCCUAACGGCGGUGCUCUAUUUCAGCGCCAUCGUCUUCUACAACAUCUAUGCGACAGGAGACUUGAUUUUUGACUGAGCUGAAAUUUAUUUUUUCCGUUUAUGAUGUCAGAUGUACAAUUACAGCUUGUAAAAUGUCUGUCUGCGCCCACCGCGCAGAGCAAAGAAACGAAUAAAAAUUAAG